CGGCGUGCCCCGCGCGCGACGGACGGCGGCCGACAUGGCCAUCUUCAGCGUGUACGUGGUGAACAAGGCGGGCGGCCUGGUCUACCAGCUGGACCACUACGCGCCGCGCGCCGAGGCCGAGAAGACGUUCGGGUUCCCGCUCGACCUGGCGCUCAAAGUGCACGACGAGCGCGUGGUCGUGGCGUUCGGGCAGCGCGACGGCAUCCGCGUGGGCCACGCGGUGCUCGCCAUCAACGGCGCGGACGUGAGCGGGCGCUUCACGGCGGACGGGCGGGACGUGCUGGAGCUGCUGAGCAACCCCGCGCACUACCCGGUCUCCAUCCGCUUCGGCCGCCCGCGCCUCUCCUCCAACGAGAAGCUCAUGCUGGCCUCCAUGUUCCACUCCCUCUUCGCCAUCGGGUCGCAGCUGUCGCCCGAGCCGGGCAGCUCCGGCAUCGAAAUGCUGGAGACGGACACGUUCAAGCUGCACUGCUUCCAGACCCUCACAGGGAUCAAGUUUGUGGUGCUGGCGGACCCCCGGCAGGCCGGGAUCGACUCCCUGCUGCGCAAGAUCUACGAGAUUUAUUCGGACUUUGCUCUGAAAAACCCGUUCUACUCGCUGGAGAUGCCGAUCAGGUGUGAACUGUUUGAUCAGAACUUGAAACUUGCCUUGGAGGUAGCAGAAAAAGCUGGACCAUUUGGACCUGGACCAUAGGAUGUUUCCUUUGUCAGUCACCUGCAGCACCCCCCUUCACUGAAUCAGCAUGGGUUUACCUUCACCAGAAAACCUGUCCCUGGAUCUUGCAUCUGGCUGCAACAGCAAGGAAGCAGAUCUGGAGGGUUCAAGCAGUGCUGUGUCACGGUCAGAGGUGCUGCUGUAUUCUCUGUGUGUGGGUUUAACCUGGCUUUAAAGCAAGGUCUGUUGUUAUCAGAAGCCUCUAUUCUGUGAUCACAGUCCUGACAUCACUGUAGGGAUAAUGGAAGGAGACACACAGCUUGGCAACAGUACCCCAGCUGAGUGCUUCCUGUUACCCCUGAUGUGUACAUAUGGUCUUUCUGUACAGCUUUAAUUAUUUAAUAAUAAACUUUCCCUAUCCAGA